GAAGAUGCAAAAUGUCUGCACCCGUGCCUAGCCUACCACCAAACUUACCUGCGGUUGAGCAGGAACAGAGCUUGGUGCACGACGUAUACAACGAUAUAGCUGGCCAUUUCUCACAAACACGGUACAAGCCUUGGCCCAUCGUGGAAAAGUUUCUUACUGCCCAGCCCAAGUACUCCAUAGGAAUCGAUGUGGGAUGUGGAAACGGAAAGUACUUGGGCGUCAACAAGAAUUUGUUCAUCAUAGGCACAGACCGGUCGGAGGGGUUGAUCAGAUGUGCCCACGACAUUUCGCUGGACUUUCAGCUUGGAGUCAGUGACGGUUUGCACUUACCUCAUGAGUGCAACCGGUUUGACUUUGCCAUUUCUAUAGCAGUGAUACACCAUUUUGCCACCGAAACAAGGAGGAUCGAGGCCAUAUCGCAUAUACUAUCCAAGUUACGUGUCGGAGGACGGGCGUUGAUAUACUGCUGGGCAUUGGAACAGGAAAACUCCAGAAGAGGGUAUAAAGAAGGAGAUGAACAGGACAUUUUGGUGCCGUGGGUGUUGAAAAACAACCAGAAGAAAGACAAGGCGAGUAAGAAGAAGAGCAAGAAGGGUCUGAAAAAGAGCGACAAGGAGAGCGAGUCUCCUACCGAACUUGUUGUAGAGCCCGAAUUAGAACCAGAACCAGAACCUAUCACAAAAUACAGAUACUACCACUUGUACAAAAAAGGGGAGCUUGUGGAUAAUUCCAGGAGAGCAGGGUCGUGUACGAUAGUGGACGAAGGAUACGAACGGGACAACUGGUGGGUGAUUAUCGAAAAGACACCCUGAGGGUCAGAAGUUAGAUAGGCAUAUAAAUGAAUGCAAAAAACCACUUAAACUAUAUUUAAACCUUGUCUAUUGAAACCCACUCCUGUGCUAACAUAUACCUGGGUACCCAUCUGCUUUUGCAAUAUGCACAUUUCCUAUCUGGUUGGUGUAGGAGAAUGUAUGAGAAAUGUACGGGCUCGCGC